AGAGCUGUGCCUGGGACGAGCACUUGUGUGACCAGGGGCUCUGCCUCUCCCCGGGCUUCAUCUGCGACGGCUUCCACGACUGCGUGGGCCAGAGCGACGAGGCCAACUGCAGCCUGAACCACAAAGAGUGUGGGGGACCGCUGACCGCCUUGGAGGGGCACUUCUCCACCCCGGGCCAUCCCCAGCCAUACCCGCACCAGCAGGUGAGAGACGGGAUGCCGGCGGGAUGGAGGCAGGAGCAGGAUGAGGUGCCUGUGGGCCACGUCAUCGACCUGCACUUCCACAACUUCAGCCUGGAGUCGCACGAGGACUGCAGCUUCGACUUCGUGGAGGUGCAUGACAGCGCAGGCAUGGGGGCCGCCAGCCUAUCCGGCAGGUUCUGUGGCCACCAGCUGCCACCUACCCUGACCUCCUCACGUCACGUCAUGACCGUCCUCUUCGUGGCGGAUGAGGGAAUAGCAGAUGAUGGGUUCUUCGCCACCUACCAAGCCCGCAAUGCCACAGAGAGUAGGUAGCCAAGCAGGGGCGCAGGCUGUGGAAAUGGUGAGUGUCAGGCGCUGGAGUCCGUCUGUGAUGGCUGGCACGACUGCCCUGACGGCACGGAUGAGCUAAACUGCACCGGGGUCUCCUACCCGGCAUUUGGGUCUGUCUGUGAGCCUCUGGAAGUGGAGAUGUGCCUGGGACUGGGCUACAACGCCACCUCCUUCCCCAAUAUGUCUGACCAGGAGGGAGCCGCCGAGGUGCUGCAGGACUAUCAGAUGCUGAUGGAGCUUGCCUGCUACCAGCACCUCCGCCUCCUCAUCUGCAGCCUCUUCGUGCCCAAGUGCACCCCGGACGGCGGUGUCCUGCAGCCCUGCCGAGCCGUGUGCCUGGCUGCUGAGCUGCGGUGCCAGCAGUCCCUCGGCCUCCUCGGCAUCCUUUGGCCCAUCAACUGCAACAUCCUACCCGACUCCAAUGACCCUGUAGAGUGCUUCCAGCCCUGA